CUGGCUUUCUUGCCUAAGGUAGGUUAGAACUCACAGUUUCUUAGCUUCUAGCCUGGUGUCUUAACCACUAAACCAGACUGGCUCCUCAGUUUGAGUUCCCCAAUCCAGUGAACAUUAGUAGCGGGCUCCAGACAAAUAAGGUUGAUCCAUUUCCCAUCAUUACACACUAUAGUAACUGAUAGAGAGAAUAAAGAAAUAAUUAUGCUAGGUCAGAGUUAGUGAAUGUCCAUGAUAUUGUGGGAAUAAAGAUUUUUUCUUUUUGCCAGAGUAUUGAAAGAAAAUUGUUUAGGACAAGUUUUUGAGGCAUGCAGUUCUUUGGACGACUUGUUCAUACUCUGAACAAUGUCACCAACUUGUUCACAAACCCUCACCGGGUAAAGGAGGUAUCCCUGACAGACUAUACUUCUCGGAACCUUGUUAAACAAGACGAUAGGAUAAUCCUGUAUGAGAACAGUUCAGCUCGAUCCUGGGACUGUCUGCUUAUUAACCCUCAGAAUCAAAGUUCUGCCUUACGGCUGUUUCAAGUUGACACUGAACCAAGUGCACGUGAAUAUUUUGAUCUGUAUGCGAAGCAAUUGCGUCCGUUCUAUGAGAGCUAUCCUGAUCCUUUGUCUCUGGAAACUUUGCAACAGCUGACGGACUCUUUGCGAAGUCACCCCGGCUGGUCACCAGCCCACGUAGCUGUAGAGUGUGGACUUCUGGGAUGCUUCCGACACAAUCUCAUUCUGAGCUAUGUAAAUAGCCACAGUUCUGACAAUGAAUGCACCCCACUUCACUUAGCCUGCCAAAAAGGUGAUUUUGAAUGUCUGAAGGAGCUGAUGGAGGAGUGCCAUGCCCGGGUUGAUCUGACAGACAAAAAUGGAGAAACUGUCUUCCAUUAUGCUGUUCGAGGGAGCAACCCAACGAUUAUAGAGCUCCUGGGCAAGAAAGCAACUGCUGCUUUGGACCAUCUGAAUAAUGAGGGGCAGAGUCCGUUGCACCUGGCCUGCCAGUUGGGCAAAGAAGAUGCAGUCUACUCUCUUCUUAAGGUUCAUGCCAAGUGCAAUAACUUGGGCGCACUGGGUUAUCCCAUCCACGCUGCUAUGAAGCAUUCUCAGAAAAGAUGUGCAGAAAUUCUCCUUGAUAAAGAAAUCAAUCAGAUUCAGUUUCUGGACCCACGAUAUGGAGCCACGCCCCUUCAUUGGGCCAGGAAUGCAGAGAUGACCCGGAUGCUUAUUGAGUAUGGCUGUGAAGUGAAUGCCCUCAGUUCGUCAGGGGAAUCAGCCCUUCAUAUUGCUGUGCGGCGUGGGCGUUUUGAUUGCACAAUGGUGUUGUUGACACAUGGAGCUAUGCCAAACACUAAAGAGAAGAAUGGAAACACACCACUUCACCUGGCCAUGCAGCAAGACUGCAUAGAAAUGAUCAAGGCCCUUAUUGUGUUUGGAGCAGAUGUGGAUAUCCCUAAUAAUUUAGGGGAGACACCUGGAUUGGUGGCAGCCAGGACAAGCAAAGGUGCCAACCGGAAGGUUCUUUUAGAUAUGCUGAAAAUUAUAGGGAUUGAACGCUUCCUUCCACCUGGCAUAUCUUCCUCAUCAACAUCCAAUCUCCCAGAAAGAUCAUCAGCCUCACCGAGUUGUGGCUUAGACUACCAAGACGUCAUCCACGUUUCUGUAGCUCUGGGCAACUUGCUGAAGAGACCAGAUGUGGUGGACUCUGCCCCCAAGAAGAGAAGAAACGAGGACCGCCUCCUGAGCCUGGAUGGAGGAGGCGUCAGGGGGAUUGUACUCAUCCAGUUUCUCAUCGCUAUAGAGAAAGCUGCAGGGCGUCCUGUCAAAGAGCUCUUUGACUGGGUGGCGGGGACUAGUACAGGGGGAAUUCUGGCCCUGGCUAUUAUACAUGGGAAGCCCAUGGACUACAUGCGCUGUGUGUACUUUCGCAUGAAAGAUGAGGUCUUUCGAGGGUCACGGCCUUAUGAAUCAGAGCCUCUUGAGAAUUUCCUGAAAAAGGAGUUUGGAGAACAUACCAAAAUGACAGAUAUCAAGAACCCCAAAUCAACUGGUAUGGCAGGCUGCCCGUUCCAGUGGAGCUGCUCCAACAUAUUUUCGACCCGUAGGGCGGUUUCUGGACGGAGGGCUGCUAGCCAACAACCCCACUCUGGAUGCCAUAACUGAGAUCAAUGAAUACAAUAAGUCUUUAAUCCAGCAAGGAGAAGGUGACAAAGUGAAGAGGUUGGGAGUCGUCGUCUCUCUUGGAACAGGCAGAACAGCAAAAGUGCCUGUGAGCUCUGUGGACGUCUUUCGUCCCUCUAACCCUUGGGAACUGGCCAAGACUGUCUAUGGGGCUAAAGAACUAGGCAGGCUGGUGGUGGACUGUUGCACAGAUCCAGAUGGACCAUGUGUUGAUCGUGCAGCUGCCUGGUGUGAGAUGAUAGAUGCCCAUUUUUUCAGAUUCAAUCCCUCUUUGGAGGCAGACAUCAUGCUGGAUGAAGUGAGCAAUACAAUCCUGAUCAACAUGCUCUGGGAGACACAGAUCUACAUUUAUCGACACUGGGAUAAAUUCGAGCAGUUGGUAGAGCAGCUGCUAAUCAAAUAAAGCUUUUGUGAGGAUUUUGGGUACCAAUAAUGCCUGCCUUGAUGCUACAGCCUGGAUUAUCAGUGAGAAGUAGCAGAUUCUACUGGCCAGCGGCUUGCCCCUUGCCCCCGUACCAGAAAAAUCAAGUGGAAGAAUUUGAGGAUUGCUCCCAUCAAAACAUCCAUCAGCUGUUUUAGGUGCUGGGACUGCCUCCCUCCCCACCUCAGUGUGCUGCUAUACCAAUAACCUUAAAGGUUGAAGUCAUUUCACUUUGUCUGUUGAUCAGAGUUGAAUUAUUCCUGCCUGGAAUCUAAGACUAGUUAUGUGCUAUGAAUUAAUUACUUAUACCUUUGUAUCUAAGGUUGUAGCAUGAGGACCUGAACAACUGAAAUUGCCAUUUUCUCCUUGUUUACAAGUCAUUUAUUGAGUUGUUUCUUAUGUGGAAGGAGAUUUUUUUUUUCCACAUGAGAAAACCUACCAUUCCCUUUCAACAUUAUUGAUAGUAGGCAAACUCCUUUGCUCAUUCCAGACCAAAGCUCUCCCUAUAUGCUUGUUUUCUUACUUCAGACUCCUUUUUUUCUGAGUCCCCUCACCCCCGAAGAAAUCACUUUGCUAUAACUGGCACAAAAGAGUGCUGGAAGAAUGGAGGAUAAUACUUCCUUGGACAAUAGUCUUCCCAAAGACAUUUCCAAAUAUGGAUGAAAAAAAUGUAGGAGUGGGCACACAUCAGAUGAGACCAUUGAUUGACAAAGUCAGUAGACGGGGCCCAUGCUUUUACGGUUGGUUUUUCUGUUUUCUCAUACUCUCUUUCUUACUUCAUUAAUUUUUCUACUCAUGAAUGCUGUAUUUGCUGUUUUGUUUAGACAAGAAAUAAAAGAUGUACUGACGUUUAACAAAAAUGCACUAUUUUUCUAGGUUUUAACUGACUUAAUAGGAUGCACUGGAAUUGUUGAAAAACUGAUAAAGUGAAACUAACAGGAAAUACUCCACUCUCCCAUUAUUUUCAUAAGCUUUCAAAUUCUGAUGAAAAUUAUGUUGAUGUUAAAAAGUCCUCUCCCCCUCCCAAAGUAAGCAUUAAAUAAAAACAGUAUUUUCUGAAA